AUAUGAUUGUCAAAUUUUAGUGAAAAGGAACGUCGCAUUGGACUGGUUUUCUCAUAAAUAUCUUUCUUCAAUGACUUGUGUAAAUUCAUUGUUGUUGAAUUUUUAAUGACGGAACUACGGUGGUGAUUGCGCGGAAACGUAGUGCAUAAACGUGUGCGUGAUAGCUCGUGUCGGUCGGAGUAGAAGGACAUACGCUGAUGACACGCUAACUUUAAAGUGAUUAUAAAUCAAAAUGAUUCAAGACGAAGAGUAUGAGCUUCUGGUGACGACCCCAGAGCGUAUAGCGGCUCUGGGGUUCAAGCCGCAGAAGGAGGUUCUGACUAACCAUGUGCUGCCUUAUGCCGGGGAGCUGGAUGAGGAGUCUACGCUGUUUCUGCAGCAGGUGAAAACGAAUCUGGCGAAGGCUGUGAUGCUGCGUGAGAUGAAACCGGCCUGCGGGGUCUGGUCUUCCAGGCUAAUGAAAUACCUCAGGAUAUAUGGGCUCAAGUUCGGGAAAGAAGACCACAUUGAUCUCAUAAAAUUGGCAUAUGAGUUGGUGCUCAUACCUGACUUGGAGCCCUGCAAGAUACACAAGUUUGCCACCCUGUUUGUCAUGCUAACAAAGAAGAAGCACUUGGUGUCUCCCGAGGAACUGACCCUCCCAUGGCGCCCCCUCUACGACGUGGGGAAGAAGAUUUUCGCCAAGAACGCAACAAGCAUUGGCCUCUACCAUUACCUCACGCCUAACCGUGGCACUGGCGGCGGUAUGCUCGAUAUGAUACGCAAAUUCAUAUCAGGCAACGGGCUGGACGACGCCCUAAACAUGUUCGGAAUGGCCCGCCCCGGAGAUGAGCUGCCGACAUCUUUGGAAGGAUCUUACAUGUCCAUGGUGAAAUGCGCAAGACCGUACUUCGAACUAAGCGCCACCAAAGAAAUGCUUGAAGAGUUCCUACCUCAAAUCCACCCAUGGUCCACGGACACCCACAUGAUGGGCCAAAUGACUGGGUUCCUACCGGUGGGACUGUACCCUAAAGAUGUGGCGCAUGGGCACGAGCUAUGGUUCGAUAAUCUCAUGGCGUUGUGGGAUACUUGCUACAACUCGCCGUGUGGGAUUUUUGACCUAAUGACCCUAUUCUCCGGGCUAGCCAAAAAGAACCCCGGCACAGUUGACUGGAGCCCCUACGUGCCCAAGAUGUUUACCAGGUUCCUCCACGCGCUCAACCUGCCCGUCAACUAUAAGGACAUGCAGUAUUCCAAGAACCAUUCUCUCGACACCAAAGACAUGGCGACCUGGAUCGUAUGGACCAUCAACCCUGAUGGGCUGACGCUGAAGCACCUGCGUUGCUUCGUGGGCGCAGUCGAGAGUUAUUUGCACAGCGCCAAUGCGGGUCGUUGGUCGUACCGCCUUAGAGAUCUGCUUAGGAAGCUCGCUAGGGAGUUUUUGAACAGGGUGCGUCGUGAACGCGAAAAGCGCUACAGAAACAGCUGGGAGAACAAAACGCCAGAAGCGUACAAACUCCGCGACGAAGACAUCACAGAGUUCGUCAACAUCACCCUAGACCCGACCCUCCAAGCCGUCUACAGCCGCGCCGGCUCUUUAGACAUCUCCAUCGCUUUACAAAACCUCGCUACGCUGAGACCGGAUAUCGUAGUACCACCUUUACUUGAAAGAUUAAGGACAUCUCUAACUUCCCUGACAGAACCUCAUAGGGUCACCGCUGCCAUGUCAGCGGUGGCGGCCGUCGCAAGACCCAUGCUCCAAGGCGCUAAUGGGGACUAUCCUGAAGGACCUACACAUGUUGUACCUUUUUUACUAGCCGUUCUUCCUGGCUUAGAUCCUAAUGAUAUCAAAAAGACAUUAGUGACUUUACACUUUAUACUGAUCUUCAGUUGGAUGGUCCCGUAUAUCGACUGCAGCUCUGCCCAUGAGCAUUGGCCAGAUUUGACAGAAGAAGAAUUAUUAACCUGUCAAUCGACAGCCCAAUUCGAGGAUUUCGUACUAGUGUUCCUUGAUAGAUUGUUCACGAUCAUAGAAUCCAGUGUCAUGGAGCAUGUGCGUUUGGAUACGAAGGAAUCCGACUGCGUUCGCAGUAAAACUGAUGCGGUUAUGGAAACUGCUAUUUCGUCAGCUGCUACUUCUGUAUUGAUGCAAUGCUCGCCUAAAAUAUUCAAGGAAGCAUUGAAGAAGUUUAAAGCAUUCGCUAAUGAGUCUACAUAUGAAACAAACGUUUCGGGCAGUAUGAUUGGAGUGUUACUAAAAGUUUUCGCUCGCAUCGACUCCGAAUCGACUUUAGCUGCGUUCGUACCCGAUCUAUGCGAAAAGCUAAACGAAUUAUUAUCGACAGAAGAAGCUAUUCGCGAUGAGAACCCUCAAAGAGACUUGUCAUACAGUUUGGUCUUGCUCAUGAACGUAGUAGAAUGUGAUGGAGUGGUACUACUGAAAUACAUUCCGCAGAUAAAUCCAGUAUUGGAUAAAGCGCUCAAACUCCACGCUAAAUACACUCUGAUUCGUGCGUGUGAGAUCUUAAGUCACAUGUUUACUUCGUUAUGCUUUGUGGAUUUGAAAGAGUGGAGGAGUUCCCCUAAGGACUAUGGGUCGGCGCCGCAGACUUGGUUGCCUAUUAGGGAGUGGGGCAGGGGGUGUCUGUUGAAGGAGGCGGACUUUAAGUGGCACGUGCCGUGUGAGGAGGAGGCUGCGUGUGCGCAGAUGCUGGUUGACAGAUACCUCAAACCAGAGCUAGCAAGGCUGCGACAGUGGCUAUCAAACGAAAGAGACAUGUGCCGCGAGAGAAGGCUGCGUUGUUUCUACGUGAUCAACGCCGUGCUAUCGUGCAGUACCUUCCUACCGCCGCCCAAUGAAGAGCCUGUGACCCUCAUGGAAUCCCUUGUGCCAGCCACCAGUCUCCCAUUCACGAACGGCGUGAAGCACACAGUCACACUAGACGGCGAAAAUUUGCGCGUAGCUCUAACAAGACUACUGUUGGAGGUUCAAGCGCGCAUGCUGGCUGACAAGACCGAUGAUACGCGCGGCCUGGAGAUGCUUAUACAGGUUUGGGAGCGAGCGGUGGUGAUGAAGGGGCUGCGCUCAGGCUCGGGGCUUGAGGCUCGGCUUCGUUCAUACGCGGCGUUGGAACGCGCGCUGGACGGCCGCGGCGGCGUGGCUGGCGAUGCCCAUGGUGCCGCCAAAUUAAGAACACUGGUAGCAGAUGGAGCUAGACUUCAAGACGAAGCUCGACUGGACCUUGUAUGUGACGCGGGCAUCACUCCAUCUGCACUGCAAGCGCUCAACGCGCUUUAUGAACUGUCCAUCAAUACUUACAGCUCAGUGCGAAUGCUGGCUCAACUCCGUUUGUCAUGGAUGUUAUCCCACUAUCCGUACUCGUACCGCGCUUUGGUACCAAAAUUGGCUGAACUUCUUUACCAAGGCGGCGAGGGCGAUGAGUGGCAUGCGAGGCACAAAGGCGCUCUGUUCAUAAUGCUGGGGCCGCGCACUGGUCCACUAACGGCCAAACAAGACUGGGAGGUGGUCAAGACGCUUUGGCCGGCCAUACUCAAAGCGCCGCUCAGUGAAAAACCUAGCAUACUACGAUUGGAGCAAGCGUUUAGCGAGACCCUCCACCGCCACUUCCCCACAGUCAAUACCCGUCUGGUCAUAUCCCAAUCCGCCAUAGAAGCUGCCAAGCGUUUUUUCACCGAAGCUGAACUCUCUGAAACAAAGCUGGCGGAAUUAUUGGCCAAUGCCGAAGCUAGGGAGCUCGCGCAUUCGGAUAAGAUCGAGAAAAUCUACACGGAGUUGGUAGAUGAGUUGGUUGACGUUGCUGAGACUCCUAAUGUCCAAUGGCGUCGUCUCGAGCUAGCCAUGCAAAUGCUGACCUACUGUCCGUCAGUCCAAACCCCGUACACGCCCCGCGCCGUACACCUCGCGUUACACUCUUUACUACACGACGAUAUAGCAGUUCGCAGAACAGCACAGAGGUUCACGCACUUCGCGCUGCAGCAGAGAAAAAGGGAGCUUAAGAAGAUUAAGGUGGAUCCAUAUGAGGUCUCCGGGGUGAAGAAACCAGAAAAGUUUCAGCCAGGUUACAGAAAGGACUUGGAAUGGGCCAUGUGGUCCGAGGACAAGAAAGUGCCUGCUACGGAUGAGGAGUGGGACCGGCCGUGGCUGAGGAACCCCAAUUAUGGGUUCUACUGCUGGCCCCAAGAACUUGAGGUAGCCGCUCCAUCAUCAGAACAAGUGUUUUCCAGCGACGUUCCCCCCGCAGACAUGGAGGCAGGCGAGCGUCACAUCCACGAGUUCUUCUCAAACGACGCCAACGUGGACAAGCUGGUGUCCUUCCUGACGGUGGAGGAGAAAAAGGGGAAGGACAAGUUCAACGGAGUGCGGUUCUCCAUGUUCAAGUCCUUGUUCGCCCAAUUCGGUCGUGUCAUCACGGAGAAGUUCCUCGUGCACGCGCGGCGCUGCGCCGCCGAUCCCCAGGAAGCGCUGCAACGUUUCGCGUCCGAGGUGGCCGCGUCUGCGUUAAGGGCGCCGCGGUACUGGCGCCGGCAAGAUGCGUUGAGCAUUUAUGAUAGUGUGCUUGAAGUUUACAGUGCCGGCCUAACCUCCGUGAUUCCGGAGACGAUGGAGGACUGGGGCACGUCGCUGGCCUCGGGCGUGGUGAAGCUGGAGCCGACGCGCGGCAGCGGCUUGCUGCGCGCGCUGCUGCGGCUGUGCGCGCCGCCCGCCAGCAGCGCGCAGGACCCCGACCAGCACACCUCCUUCGUGGUGUGCGCCCGCCUGUACGCGCUGCAGGGUGCCCUCGGCUCUCUUCGGUGGCAGACGGCCCUUCUCGGCUUCGAGCUCCUAGCCAGGCUGGAAGCGGCCAACUUCAUGCAACACCCGUACCAGAACGUGCGAGAGACAGUUGGCAGCUUGCUGAUGACGAUAUUCGACACGGAGCUGGUGUUCACCGGCGGCGCACCGCGCUUCGCCGCCUUCCUCGCCUCCGUGCGUCCGCGACUCGAGCCCCUAUAUGACGAGAAUGGGGACAUUGUGAUAAAGACCGCAGCGUCCAUGGCACAGAUGGCGGGCGUGAGCCACGAGCCGCGCGCGCGCUCGCCCGCGCCCGAGCGGCGCGCGCCCCGUGUGGACGUGCCGGUCGCCAGCGCCAGGCUCGACCCUGUCGAUGAUACUCAGCAGGAACAUGACAACGCUAACGAACCAGGCGAAUCGUCAGAGAGCGCCAGAGGCGAGCGACUGGACAAGAACCUGUCGACACACCUAGACACGGCGCUGCGACUCGGCGGCGACAGUGUGGCGACGGAUCUGCGCGACCACGCACGGGCUAUCAACUUGCUUACCACAGUGCUCCGCGGCUGCAUGGGCAUGAUAGUCCGCGGCGUGCACGGCGCCAUCAGCACGCAGUACACGCUGGUGGGCACGGCGUGCGCGCUGGCGGCGCGCGGGCCCUCCGUGCCGCACGACGAGCUGGCGCGCGCCGCCGGGGGCUUCCUGGCCUCCGUGGCGCUCGCCGCUAACGACGAUGUGGCCUUCGAGCAGGCGCUGACCACUAUGGAGACUGUGGCUGCUGGCAGAUCGUGGUGGGCGCGCCUAGCCUGUCUGGACUUCGCGCAACCGCUACUGUUUUACGGUCUGCCUCUACUGUGCGACCAGCCAGAGUUAGCCGUCCGCGCCGAGAACUUCACGCUCAAACUCAUGAGGGAUCCGCGGCUUGAGGUGCGGCAAGCGGCCGGCAAGCUGCUGACGGGGCUGAUGCACUGCGGAGCCCUGCCGGACGAGGCGCGCACGCUGCGCGCGCUGACGCGCUCGUGCCGCAGCGCGGCGCCACUGGAGCGCCACGCCGGCGUGCUAGGCCUGUGCGCCUACCUCGCCUCCCGCCCCUACAGCCUGGGUCCCUCGCUGGGCGCGGUGCUGGCGGAGCUGGCGCGGCACACGUCGGCGCCGGACCCCGUGCCGGCCGCCAUCCGCGCCGCGCUGGCCGACUUCCGCCGCACGCACCAGGACGACUGGCCAAGACACCGCGACCAACUCACACAGGAGGAACUGGACCUGCUAGCCGACCUCACGUCCCCGCCAUCAUACUGCGCCUAGCAUUCAGACUUGUGGCGCGAUGAGUCCAGCGACUCGUCGAACAUUUACGGAGUCGACGGAGGGUGAAAACUUCGCACGACUCCGCUAUUCAUAUCGAAAGAACACCAACG